AUACGCGGAAGGAAUUGCGACAAUUGAAAGCGAGCAGAAUUAACAAAAUUUGUGUUUCACUUGAAUUUGACAACAGUAAAUACAUAAAAAAAAAAUAUAUAUAAUGCCAUAGAACGUAUAUAGUUUUUGGGCUGGUUCAUGUCAACCGUUACGAGCUUACAUCGCUUGAGGUGGAACAUAUGGCGACAUACGGCAUCGGCAUGGACUUGGAUGAUGGUCAGAGUAAUGCCAGCAACAGCAACUGUAACAGUAACGGUGUCAAUGCCAAUCAAUACGAAUUCACAAUUGGUGGCAAUAUGGAGACCUACAACGUGGAGAACUCUGCGGUGCAUCGAAAGCUGCAGAGUAAAGUGGAAGCAUUGCGCAUCCUGCGCCAGGAGCUGGAGCAAUUUCGCGUGGAACGUGAUCAGUACAAAUUGAUGGCCGAGACGCUCCAGUUGCGCUAUUCGGCGAUGAAACGUAGCAGUGAACUGCUGGCAGGGAGUGGAGGAGCCUGCGGCGCAUUGAGUCAGAAUUCGAGCCUGGCUGCGCUGCUGCACGAGACGCGCGAAUUGAAUCUCAAGUUGAGCACCGAGGUGGAGGGUCUGAAGCAACGUCUUGGCGAGCUCCAGGGCGACAUGGAGCUGCUGCGCGAACGAGAGGCAAAUAGUAAAUCUCGACUGCAAGCGCUGGUCAGUGAAAAUGCUGCGCACAACAAGGAGGAGCUGCAAUGGAAACGGGAGCGGGCAGAUUUUAUUUGUCAUCUGGAGAAUCUAAAAAAGAGGAACACACAAUUGGCAUUCGAUCUGAAGGCGAUCAUCGACGAAAAGGAGGAACUCAUGACGGAACGCGAUGCCUACAAAUGCAAGGCGCACAGGCUCAACCAUGAAUUAUUGGUUGCCCUAAAAGCCAACAAAAUGCACCCAAAGCUACUGGACAUUGACGGUGUGCUACUGGAGAAUAAGUACCUGCAUGAGCGCGUUAAGAUUCAGGAUAAUGAGCUGGAACUAACCAAGCAGUCUGUCAGCAAGUAUAAGACCAUGCUGGAAGCAAAGCGAAAAAGGGGCAUUGUCAAGCUAGGAGGAAGCACAAGUGAUGAAACCAUAUUAAGUCCCAGACAAGUAAAAACAAUACUGGAGAGUGGCAUUGAUUUGCCAGGUAAAACAGAGACAAUUCACGAUUUGAAGUCCCUGUGUUUGGCGCUACUGGACAACCUGAACGACAAGAAUCUGGCGCUGACGCAUCAGAAGCGAACAAACAAAAUACUUGCGAGUAAAAUGCAGGAACUGGAACGGCGUUGGCAGCAACUCUUAAGCGGUGACUCGGAUAAUACCGCCAUGGAGGAAGACGAUGAGGAGCUUGGGUAUGCGCCCUCACAGUUACUGCUCAAUGGGUACUGCGCCGCCAUGGUCGAUGAUCCAGGAACAGAGGCUGCUGAAACAGAACCAUCUGCUGCUGCUACAGCUGCAGAGCAAACAAAUACUAUACCAUCCGAGCCAUAUGAAAAUAUACCUAGUGUCAAAGGGUGCUUGGGUGUACUGCAGUCAGAUGAUGGCAUGUCCUCGCUGUCAUCGGAGUCAGCCGAUUCAUCUGUGUAUGGACUGAAUGAUCUGUCCAUCAAUGCGUAUAAAUCAUCGUCGGCAACGACGGAUUCGGGCAAUUGUGGUUUCGCUUGCAAUGGCACUCCGCGCAUAUCCAGCGCUGUGGCAAGGGAACGGAUGGAGGAUCUUAAGGAUCUGCCGCCACACUUGGCGGCACUAGUCCAAAAGGCUCUGCACGAUUUAGAUAUGCGAGACCUUGAGGCGAUGGUAACGAUACGCGCAGAGAAUGCUGCAACAAUGCAUUAGUUGUUAACUAUAGACCUGUUCAAUAUAUAUGUAUAAUUUAAAUAUGGAGUAUCAUACAUUAAUAGCAUAUCACUACUAAGUGAAUACGAAUUAUUAACUAUAUAUUUAUCUAAUAUUUACAACGUACAAUAAACAGAUUUCUGCAUAAA